CCUGCUCUGCCUGCUGCCUCUCACCACUCACUGCAGUGGUUCAGGCUUCAGCAGCCUUGGAGAAGCAUCAGCUGAGAGGAGCUAUCACAUGGGAGCCGGGAGCUGCUCAGCAAAGGUGAUCUCUUCCCAAUGGUAGCCCCAGAGCACUAAUAGACAUUUUUGGAGAUGAUUCAGAUGCAACAACUAUCCAUUGAAUGCCUAUUGCAUUCCAGUCGCUGUAGAGGGCACCAUCAGGUGGGCUGGAGUACUGACCCUGGAGCCGGACCACACGGGCACCUACCUGGACCUUGCCGCCUUUGAUGCCUUCAUGAGGAAACUGAAGUCCAGCAGAGUCACAGAGUCCAUCAUUCCCAGGCCUAGGACUAGAAACCAGAUUUUGUGUCGCCUCUGCACCCCAACAGCUCCUGCCAUUCUGAGACAAGAAAUCAAGAAAUUUACAUAAGCUACUUGAAAACUGGGGCACGAUCCCGGAGCUCAGCGGGACCCUAGGAGAGGGAGACAGAGGAUUUAGGAUCUCUGGAUAACAGUCCCUGAGAGAAGAGAAGGGCAUGGAGGACAGUGGAAAGGAAAAGCAAAAGAAGGAGCUGGAGACCACUCGGAAGGUGGAGUGUUGAGUGGGUGAGGCUCUGGCAUCUCUCACGUCUCCUUCUUUGAGGUCACCAAGGCAGAUCAGAGCCACCUCCUUCCUGCCUGAGAGGAGAGAUGAGCUGCUGAGCCCUCCGUUCCCUUAUAUGCACAGCCCGGCCUGGAAGGCUGGCGAUUAGAGCCUGCCUGGCAGGCUCCAGCAGGAGGCACCCCCUGCCCCCAUCCCCACGCACGAACUCGAACUCGGCAAGCCUGGGCCUGGGCUGGCCAUCCCAGGGUCACCGGACUAGGAUGGGGGAUGGGCCUGUGACAGGAGGUGCCCUGGGUGUCCUCUUUCGGCCCCAUGGAGUCCUCCCCCAUCCCCCAGUCAUCAGGGAACUCUUCCACUCUGGGGAGGGUCCCUCAGACCCCAGGUCCCUCUACUGCCAGCGGGGUGCCGGAGGUGGGGCUGCAGGACGUGGCCUCAGAGUCCGUGGCCCUGUUCUUUAUGCUCCUGCUGGACUUGAUCGCCGUGGCCGGCAACGCCGCUGUGAUGGCCGUUAUUGCCAAGACCCCCGCCCUCCGAAAAUUUGUCUUCGUCUUCCACCUCUGCCUGGUGGACCUGCUGGCCGCGCUGACCCUCAUGCCCCUGGCCAUGCUCUCCAGCUCUGCCCUCUUCGACCACGACCUCUUUGGGGAGGUCGCCUGCCGCCUCUACUUGUUCCUGAGCAUAUGCUUCGUUAGCCUGGCCAUCCUCUCGGUGUCGGCCAUCAACGUGGAGCGCUACUAUUACGUGGUCCACCCCAUGCGCUACGAAGUGCGCAUGACGCUGGGGCUGGUGGCCUCCGUGUUGGUAGGGGUGUGGGUGAAGGCCUUGGCCAUGGCCUCCGUGCCCGUGUUGGGCCGGGCCUCCCGGGAGGAGGGGGCCCCCGGCCUCCCCCCGGGCUGCUCGCUGCACUGGAGCCGCGGCGCCUACUGCCAGCUGUUCGUGGUGGUCUUCGCCGUCCUUUACUUCUUGUUGCCUCUGCUCCUCAUCCUCGUGGUCUACUGCAGCAUGUUCCGGGUGGCCCGGGUGGCCGCCCUGCAGCGCGGCCCGCUGCCCACCUGGAUGGAGACGCCCCGCCAACGCUCGGAGUCCCUCAGCAGCCGCUCCACCAUGGUCACCAGCUCCGGGGCUCCCCAGACCACCCCGCACCGGACGUUCGGGGGAGGGAAGGCCGCAGUGGUCCUGCUGGCUGUGGGGGGACAGUUCCUGCUCUGUUGGCUGCCCUACUUCUCUUUCCACCUCUACGUUGCCCUCAGUGCUCAGCCCAUUUCCACUGGGCAGGUGGAGAACGUGGUGACCUGGAUCGGCUACUUCUGCUUCACCUCCAACCCUUUCUUUUAUGGGUGUCUCAAUCGACAGAUCAGGGGGGAGCUCAGCAAGCAGUUUGUCUGCUUCUUCAAGCCAGCUCCAGAGGAGGAGCUGAGGCUGCCCAGCCGGGAGGGCUCCAUCGAGGAGAACUUUCUGCAGUUCCUCCAGGGUACCGGCUGUCCCACGGAGUCCUGGGCUGCCCGACCCCUCCCCAGCCCCAAGCAGGAGACUCCUGCUGUAGACUUUAGAAUUCCAGGCCAGAUAGCUGAAGAGACCUCUGAGUUCUUGGAGCAGCAACUCACCAGCGACAUCAUCAUGUCGGACAGCUACCUCCAUCCGGCCCCCUCACCUCGACGGGAAUCGUGACUGGGCUGCUGGACACCCGGAGGGAGAUGGGGCCGGGGCUGCUUGUGACUGAAGGAACACCUUGUGGGGUCACCUAUUCCCGGCUAGCAGGGGCUGGGGCUGGGGUCUCUGCACAUGGCUUUUGCUUAGUGUUUUCUGGAUCAGGAACGAUGCCAACGGGAUGAACGUGUGGCACAAACCUUGGACGUGGCUUUGAUCCUUGACUACUGGGGGAGGGAACCUGGUGAAAUGGUAAUGAGAAUAAAGGGUCACGAAGGAUUGGCCUCCCUGAUAAUCUCUCCUCAUGGCAGUGACCCACCUCCAGCCCCCUGGACAAUCGGGUACAAGAGACUAAGGUUGGGAAUGGGAAGGGUGGGGUUUCCAUGGUCCAUUAAAUGCUUCCCUACUCCCAUUCAUCGCUCUCAAAAUUAGCUUCAGUGACAAAGACUUAAAUCUCUCUCCUAUCUGCAGCCCUGGGGUGGAGAGAGGGCACAGGAAUUGGGUUCAGCUGUUCACUGACUGAGGCUGUAGGAAUUUGAUGGUUGGUAUCAGUGGUGGUAUUUUCAAGGGAAGAGGAAUAGUUGCAAACUGGACAGGAUACCCAUCUGGGACUCCCUGUCCAUCCAUUUCCCUCAAUUGAAUCAAGUAAUAUUAAAGGGAUGAGGCAGGACCAGAGGGUGUUCUGAUCUGUAUGUGAAGAAAUUCCUGGCUCAUUGAACAUUAAAGGGUAAGAUGGGUUGGUGGGAGUGGGAUAGUUUCCCUCUGAAUGGCCAAUAAAUACUUUUUAUUAUAAAAAGUUA